UCAAAAUAGAGUUCACCACAUAGUAGCAUGAAAAUUCAGGUGGCAGUCAAUUUUUGGUCCAAAACAACGUUUUACAGGAGUCAUGCAACUAUCACAGUGCAUUCCCGUCAAACCGACUUGAUUUUCAUGCAGCCUACCCUCACACAACUAAAUGUUGCAUGAAAUUCCAGCCUGAAAAUUUGAAGGCGUGGUUUGCAGUCAGCUGUUUAUUGGUUUGCAUGAAAUUCAUGGAACACCCGCAUGAAUACUGAUACGGAAAAAUUCCGCACACCGUUUCAUGCAACAAUGUGGUGAAAAGUUUGUUAGUGUUAGUUGAGAUGAUUGAGAGGUUACAUGAAUUUCCCGUCUGAAAAUUUUUCGAGACUUGCCGAUCACAAGCUUGCUCAGUUGGCCUUGCUCCGUGACUUGCGACGGGUGUGUUUUUAUAAAAAAGUUGAGAGUUGAACUUUACGCGUGGACUCUAACCAUCAUAAGAUUUUCCGGUGCUUCCGUCAAGAUCGUCUCACUCGAGGCGGACAAACCGCUGGAGCAGCAAACCGAGCGCAAAGUUACAAUCGUCGGCACGCCGGAAGCCCAGUGGAAGGCCCAGUAUCUAAUGCGGGAAAAUGGCUUCGUGUCCGGCACCGACGACGUGAGAUUCACCGUGGAGAUCUUGGUGCCGAGUGCGCAGGUCGGACGCAUCAUCGGCAAGGGUGGCCAGAACGUGCGCGAUCUGCAGCGGGUCACCGGAAGCAUAAUCAAACAACCCGAGCACACGGCCGCGAUGCACGUCCACACGUCACACGUCGAAAAAAUAACGGCUUGCAUUCAAAUUGAAGACGUAUGGGAUGAUUGCAAACAAGAAUUUGAUGCAUUUUCUUCUUUGUCCAUUCAUCAACGGAGGGAACCUGUUCCAUUUCUGGCGAUUCGAAGCCAUAGAAUUUUGACGAAUGCUGUUAAUCUGCCGGCGUAGGAUAGCUGAAUGGCACUCGUAGUGGCCCAACCGCUCCCAAAAGCAGAUAGAUCAGUACUGGCCGGGGCACAGGGAUCGUGCCCCCGAGGGAUGAUGGUGAGAUCUCACCGUCCCAGAUGUCACCGAGAAGGAAACUCCAUGUCAGAUGGACCAGGUGUGUCAGAUGUACCAGGUGGAUAUAGUGAUUUAUGCAAUAGUGUGUGAAUAUUGUGAAAUUGUGAUAUUUUAGUGAAUUAUAAAUGUGAAUAAAGCAAGCAAAUUAAAAUCUAGUUGAUUAUCCCUCAUACACUCUUAUUU